GAAAAUGGAAGUACUCUACGAAUAAGUGCGUUUAACCGGUCUGUUUUCCCCAAGCCCUGUAUCCAUCAAACAGCCUCGGAAAUAAAAAGUCCCGAAAUAGUUUAGUUCUUGAGGAUUGAUAUUUGUUUGUAUGUGAUAUGUAGCUGGUAGAGGGAAACUUCUGCUGUCAAGGACAAGGAAUGAAGUUGAGAUAUAGGUAAACCUCCUUUGAGUUUUUGUCAGCUAGUUAUCAUUUGGUGACACAUUCAAUAAAUUAGCCGACAGAAGUUGGAGCUCUGCGAAACAGUGGUCAUCUAGGGUCUAGAUGUGAUACCUUCAUGUCAACUGCGAGGACACUUAUUCUUUGUGCCAACUGAGUCAUCUAUGUGACGAACAUCUACCCUGACUACAGAGUGCCUCAGAUGCCUAUGAAGUUUUCUCCGGACUGCUUUUACUUUGAGUAACAAUGAAGUGUCGGAUGCAUCACCUCCUUCUCGUUGUGACACUGCAGUUCCUAUCAUCUACCCUGGCACAGUUUGAACCACGUACAUCUUACGUCCGUAUAUCUCCACCGGAGGGAAUUCAGAGCUUGCAGGGACUUCACCAGAAGCUUCGUUGUGAUGCCAGUUACAUGGGGGAACCAGUGGACAUUGUGUGGUCAAAAAACGACCAAGAAAUACCAGACACAAAUCCUAGAAUAACUAUCGACGAGAAUGUCAACCGGAUGGACACAGCUUCCUUCUCAAUUUUAACCAUUCUGAACACGAGGGUCAGCGACAGCGGGCGCUACAGCUGUCGUGUGAUGCCCCCCGGCAGAGGCAUAUCUACCGUGAUCGUCACCAUAUAUGAACGCCCACAGGUCAGUGGGAGUCCAGCUCAGCUGUUGUCUCCGGACAAAAACAUGACACUGAUGUGCCAGAUGACGCCGGACCUCGUCGAGUACGGGGCCAAAAUUUUCUGGCACAAAGAGGGUCGCUUUGUGGGUACAAGGGGAUUUAUAGACGUCGAUGCCAACGGUUCUCCGGAUGUUUUUAUAUCACCCAACGGAUCCCUCACGAUCAUCAAUCCACAGCCUGUCUUUGGUGGGACAUACACCUGUCGUGUGAGGUACACUGUGUAUGGUAGAAUCAACUACUUGUCUAAUGACAUCAAAGUCUACGUCAAUAUCUCAGUCCAAACUGAGCCUUACAAUUGGUACAACGCGAACUCACGGCGCCCUCUGCAGCUUCAGUGCAUCGUUGAGGGAUUUCCGUACGCCGAAGUCUUCUGGAGUUACCAGGGCAACCGAAUUUGGGGCAGUGACAUGGUUAAUAACGUCACAUUGAUGACAAGACCACUGGACCACGUGACCAUGCUGUCCACGCUGUCCAUCCGGCGUCUUCCGGGCAAUUUUAACGUCACACAUUUCAUGUGUACGGGCAGUAAUCAGUUCGGCGUGGACCAGAAGGUGGCAUCGGUGGUUAACACGGAGCGUGUCUUCAGCCCGUACGGGAUUGGCGCCUCAUCAGCAGUGAUGCAAUCUGCAACCGUCUGCGUUAUUACAUUAAUUCUCUGUGUUCUACUUAUAAUGAACUGAACACAAAUUAGUUGCCACUUGCAACUUGUAACAUGCAUUACUUCUGUGUGUAUAUGGUUCAGAGGUUUGCAAUAAAGUUUAAAGUACGUAACCCUUAUAAAACUUGUCGUGGGCAGUAGGGUGUAAUGAUUGUUUCUCGUAACCUCAGGUGGAGAACUUCCUACGAGGACAACAGUAAUGUUUGAGGAUGAGAAGCGAAUUGGCUCUAUUGGGUUGGAAUGCUCCCACAAACGCCAUACAUCCAGUGGCGUAGCUGGGAUUUUACGAGGGGGGGC